GGGACUUCGGAGAGGUGCAAGUAUGCGAUCUACUUUGGCAAUAUGUGCAUUACUUGGAUUAUUAGUCAUCACAGAUGCUACUGUGUUCUUCAAAGAGCAAUUUCUGGAUGGAGAUGGAUGGAAGAGUCGUUGGGUGGAAUCUAAACACAAAUCUGACUAUGGCCAGUGGAAGCUGUCUGCAGGGAAAUUUUACGGAGAUCCUGAAAAGGACAAAGGCCUUCAAACCAGUCAGGAUGCUCACUUUUAUUCCAUCUCAAGCCGUUUCAAACCUUUCAGCAAUGAGGGUAAAACUCUUGUUGUGCAGUUUACAGUUAAACAUGAACAACAAAUAGAUUGUGGUGGUGGAUACGUGAAGCUCUUCCCUGCUGACUUGAAUCAAGCUGAUAUGCACGGAGAUUCCAAAUACUAUAUUAUGUUUGGCCCUGAUAUUUGUGGCUAUGGCACCAAAAAGGUUCAUGUCAUUAUCAACUACAAGGGACAGAACCACCUCAUAAAGAAAGAAGUCAAAGCCAGGGAUGAUGAACACACCCACCUUUAUACUCUGAUCGUGAAACCUGACCAGACCUAUGAGGUGAAAGUUAACAAUGAGAAGCUGGAGUGGGGUAGUCUUGAGGAAGACUGGGAUCUUCUGCCUCCUAAAAAGAUCAAAGACCCAGAUUCCAAGAAGCCUGAGGAUUGGGAUGAUCGUGUCACAAUCGAUGACCCUGAGGACACAAAACCAGAGGAGUGGGACAAGCCAGAGAAUAUCCCUGAUCCUGAUGCCAAGAAGCCAGAUGACUGGGAUGAGGAAAUGGAUGGGGAGUGGGAGCCACCCAUGAUCCCUAACCCAGAGUACAAGGGAGAAUGGAAACCAAAGCAGAUUGAUAAUCCCAACUACAAAGGCAGCUGGGUGCAUCCUGAUAUUGACAAUCCUGACUACACACCUGACAGCACAAUUUACAAGUUUGACAACGUAGGAGUAAUUGGCCUUGAGUUGUGGCAGGUUAAAUCUGGGACCAUUUUUGACAAUUUCCUAAUUACUGAUGAUGUGAAGACAGCAGAUGAUGUUGCUAAGGAGACCUGGGGAGUCACAAAGGGACCUGAGAAGACGAUGAGAGAGCAGCAGCAAGAGGAGGAGAGGAAGCAGAGGGAGGAAAAGAGCAACAAGGAUGAUAUGAAGGAUGAGGAUAAGGACGCCGGUGGAGAUUACGAUGGCGGCGAUGAAGACGAGGACAUCCUUGAUGAGGAGGGUGAAGAGGAGGAGGAAGAAGAAGAGGAGAAUGAGAUUGACGAGGAGAUCGCAGAUGAGACCAGUCCAGUCGAGGAGGAAGAGGAAGACGAGGAGGCUCCCAUGCAAGACGUGAAAGAUGAACUCUGAAGAAGGUCCAUCCGUAGUCUGUUCUCCCUGGGGUGUCUAGCCUCAGGGGAAAAAGCCACAACACCCUUUUUCUGUUUUUCAGCCAUUGGGAAUAAGAGGGUAGAGCAGGCAAUAUUUGCCUUACUAAUGGUUUUGUAUGGAUUUUUGGGUUUCAUUUCUUCUGUCCUUUUACUUGAAAUGCUAUUUGCCCCAUGUUUGUGUUAUGUUUGGUGCUGCUCCUAUACCCUUUGAGUUGAAAAAAUGUUGGGGUAA